AUGCGCGCUUUCGCUCUUUUCGCUUUUGCUCUUCCCGCCCUCGUUGCAGCCCAGAUUUCAUGCGAUUCCGGAACUGCUCUCUGCUGCUUCUCGACUCAAGAGCGAACACCUGACAGCAUUGCUCAGCUGAGCGCGCUGCCGCAGUUUGCUGGCGUUGACAUCCCCUCCGACGACGGUGACAUUGGACGUAAGUGA